AGUUAGACCGUCCCUUGGCACAUGUGAGCCCAUGAUGAAGCUGUGUUAAAGUGUAUUUAUUACAGUCGUGUUCUUCAUCAUUCCGGCGAAAGCAGUUUAGACCAUGAAAAAGAAGCAGAGAGGGACAGAAGAGCCAGCAGAGAUGCAUCCAUCCGAUUUCUCCGACGAUGAUGCAGAGGAGCAACUUGGGGAGCCUGUUAAAGCCAAAAGGGCCAAAGCCAAUAAAGAAGAGGAGGAGGAAGAGGUGGUCUACCACCCGGUGAAGCUGUCCCGGAAUGAUUUAUAUAGACCUCCGACAGCCGAGGAGCUACACCACCUGAAAGAAGCCGAGAGCCUGUUCCACUGCAGCCUUCUUAAGAUGCAGAUGGAGGAGCUGCUGAAGGAGGUCGUCCUGAGCGAGCGGAGGAAGCAGCAAAUCGAUUCCUUCGUGAAGACGGUCACCAAGCUGCUGGAGACUGUGCCGGUGUCACCGGAGGUUGAGGUCAGUGACCUGUCGUGGCUGUCUGGUGCGGUCAAGGUUCCCUGUCUGCUGGUGCCCAAAUUAACAAAGGGCAAGUUCCACAUGGCACCUCCAGCGUCCAUUGAUCUGAUCGGGAGCUACCCGCUGGGUACCUGUAUUAAGCCAAACGUCAAGGUGGACCUCGCUGCCACAAUCCCAGCUGACGUCUUGCACCCAAAAGAUGUUUUAAACCAGAGGUAUCCACGGAAACGGGCCCUCUACCUUGCAGGCCUUGCCCAACACCUGAAGUCCUCCUCUGACAUCGGGACGAUGCGCUAUUCCUGUCUCCACGGGAACCGACUCCAACCGGUCCUGCUGCUGACCCCCCCUGGCAACUCUUCGAGUUUCAUUGUGUGUGUUCACGUCUGCCCACCUCCUGGGUUCUUCAAGCCCAGCCGUUUCCAUCCCCAGAGGAACAACAUCAGGACAGAGUGGUAUACUGGACUGCAGGCUUCCCGCACUGAGAGCAGCGAACCUCCAACUCCACACUACAACAGCUCUGUUCUGGGAGAUUUACUGCCCAGAGCUCACCUCCAGUUUCUCUCCGCCAUCCGCGCCCAGUGCCCAGCCUUCUCUGACGGGGUAGCGUUGCUCAAAGUCUGGCUUCAUCAACGAGAGCUGGACCAGGGCACCGGUUGUUUUAACGGAUUCCUGGCCUCCAUGCUCUUGGCUUACCUGUUGGUAACUCACCGGAUCAGCAACACCAUGACGGCCUAUCAGCUGCUUCGGAACAGCCUGAAUUUCCUAGCUUCUACAGACCUGACUGUGAGCGGGAUUAGCCUAGCCAAGGAUCCGGACUCCACAGCUCCGUCUCUUGCAGAGUUCCACGACGCCUUCCAGGUGGUGUUUGUUGACCCUUCAGGUCAUCUCAACAUGUGUGCUGACAUGACUGCUUUCACCUACAAACAGUUGCAGCACGAGGCGUCGGUGUCGAUGCAGUUCUGGGACGACCCGAUGGUAGACGGCUUCCACUGCCUCCUCAUGACCCCCAAACCAAUGAUCAGGACCAGCGACGAUGUCUUCCAGUUAUGCGACUUGGCGAAGCUGCAGGCUAGCUGUAAGAAACAGAACCUGCUGAGCGAGUUGAUGGACCACAGUGGGAACUACGUCCGUACGGCGCUCCCAUUUCUCCUGUCGCUGCUCCAGCAGGGGCUCGGCCAGAGGAUUCGCCUCCUCACCCACUCCCUCUCUCCGGAGCCUGAGUGGUCUGUGGAGAGCGAGGCCCCCAAGUACAAGGCUCAGCCUCCCCUCUCCUUCGGUUUGCUCCUAAAUCCAGAGCUAGCGACUUCGGUCCUGGAAAGAGGUCCACCAGCAGACAGCCCCAAGGCGGCCGAGUUCCGACGGCUGUGGGGCUCUCGUGCCGAGCUGCGGCGCUUCCAGGACGGCGCCAUCACCGAGGCGGUGCUGUGGGAGGGAACGAGCGCGUACCAGAAGCGGCUGGUCCCCCGACAGAUCGUCACACACUUGCUGCAGCUGCACGCGGAUAUCCCAGAGUCCUGUGUGCGUUUUAUCGGGACCAUGGUAGAUGACGUCAUCACAACAGGAAAUGAGGUGCCUAGUACUGGAGAGGAGGAGAGUUUAGUCGUGGUGCAGUCCUUCGAUGAUCUGAGCAGGAAGUUGUGGAAACUGGAAAAUUUGCCACUCUCCAUUACUGCUGUGCAAGGAGCCCACCCUGCCCUUCGAUACACACAGGUCUUUCCUCCAGAGCCAGUGAUGCUGGACUAUUCCUUCUUUGACAGAGAAAAGGCUUGCAAGUCAUUGGUACCAAAGGAAGGCACUCCCUGUCCACAUUAUAUCACUCCUAUAACAGUAAUUUGUCACAUGGAGGGGAGCGGCAAGUGGCCUCAUGACCGCACCGCAAUCCGCCACAUCCGAGCUGCCUUCCACAUCAGCCUGGCAGAGUUGCUCAAGAAGCAGCACAACUAUACCUGCAGGCCCUGUCCCACUCACUUAGACGUGUGGAAGGAAGGUUUGGUGUUUCGGAUCCAGGUGGCGUACCACCGGGAGCCUCAGGUGCUGAGGGAGAGUGUGAAUGCUGAGGGCCUGCUGGUUCUCAGGGACAACGAGGAGGCUCAGGCUCUGGAAAUGGCCACUAUUCACAAGCCUCUCCUUACAAGCACAUUGCAUGGCCUCCAGCAGCAGCACCCGUGUUUCGGAGCAGCGUGUCGCCUGGCGAAGCGCUGGCUGGCAGCUCAGCUCUUCAGCGACGACGUUACCGAGGACGCAGCGGACCUGCUGGUGGCAUCGCUCUUCCUGCAGCCUGCGCCCUUCACCCCUCCAAGCUCUCCCCAGGUGGCCUUCCUCCGGUUCCUCCGCCUGCUCGCCGCCUUUGAUUGGAGGAACAACCCGCUGGUCGUCAACCUCAACAGCCAGCUCACAGCCGCAGAGUACACGGAGAUCAAGAACGACUUCAUGGCCUCCAGAGAGUCUCUGCCCGUCAUGUUUAUAGCAACACCUAAGGACAAAAAGCUGUCUCUGUGGACCCGACGAGCGCCCAGCGUGCAGAUGCUCCAGCGUGUGAUGCUGGUGGCUGCAGAAAGCCUUAAAGUCCUGGAGCUUCAGCUAAUGGAUGGCAGCCAGACACAAGAUGUGAGGGUUAUUAUGCGUCCUCCACUCGACGCCUUUGAUGUUUUGAUUCACCUGAAUCAGAAGCAGGUUCCUCUGCUCAGACACGCCGUGGACCCUCCAGCUGUCACUUUUAGCAGAGGGCUGGUGACUGAUGGUGCGGGCCAGGCCGGAGGAGCCAUGCCCGUCAUCGACUACAACCCCGUGUCUCUCUACCUGACAGAGCUCAGGGAUGCAUUUGGAGACCUGGCCCUCUUCUUCUGCGAUCCAUACGGUGGAACAGUGAUCUCAGUCUUAUGGAAGCCUAAAGCUUUUGUCCCUGCUCCAUUUAAAACAUCGCAGAUGGCCGCCCGUAGCGUGGAGGUGGCAGGGGAGGAGGUAAAAACCAUUCCCAACGUCGAAGCAAUCCUGGAAGACUUUCGUGUGAUGGGAAAGGGCUUGGUGAAAUCAGUGGAAGCAAGAACUGAGAAAUGGACGUUUUAGUCUGAUCCACCUCGCUUUUGUUUUGAUGUUUUUUGCUGUCCUUUCCUACACAUGACAUUUCACUAGAGAUUUUAAAUUGACUAAAAGGUUUAGAACAGGAGCAGAAACACAUGAAUGAACUUUGGACCAUCUCCUCAGCAGCCCAUGCAGUGAUUGUGUUGCUUAUGAAGACGACCUACAUGUUUGUUCUUGUAAAGCUGUUUCAUGUUUUAAUAAAUCUAUAUAAACUUUUUAGCUUGAA